AUGUACAAGAUCAUCCGACGUAUUUCCAGCUCCUUUUUCCCCCGACCAGACCGCCCAUGGAGCGAAGACGCCACGUCGAACGCACCGCAGAUCGGCCGGAAACGACGGCUCAGCUCGACCGAGCCGGAUCCCGAUGGCGAGCCUUCUGUUGCGAAGAAACCGAGGGGGGACUCCGCAGACGCGUCUGAGGACGCGUCGCAGAGAGAGGAGUCGCCCGCGCGGGCGCAGGAACAGGAGACGGCGGAGGUGAAGGAUGUCACGAAGGGCGUACGCGAUGUCGAGCUUGAGGAGAGCAAGGCGGAGGUAUCUGAGCCUGUCGCUGAUGCAGAUGCUGCUGCGAUCCCUCUUCCGGAGUCCCCGACGCUGCAGCCGGCGCCAGAAGCCGAGACGGAAGCAGUUCCGUCGGAAGAGCUGCCCGCGGGCGUUGCUCAAGAGUGCAUUGCCGAGAAGUCGGACGCAUCAGAGGGUACUUCCUCGGAGCCCAACUCCUCGACUGCACUCAGCAACGAUGCACAGACCUCAGAGGAGAUCGAAGGCGUAGCCAAGCGGGUCGACGAGCAGGAGGAGAUCCCAGGGCUCACUGCGAGCGCGGAGAAGAAGACACCGGAGGCCAUCUUCUUGACAAAGACAACGGACGAUACGAGUAAUGCCGCCCAGAGCACGACACAACCAGCGCAGGAGCUGUCUGCUACCGCUGAAGCCUCGUAA